AUGAACAUUCAGGGCGGGCUUUCAGACCGAAAACAGGAAUCGGACGAGGCUGCCGAUCAGCUUGGCGAGUUGGCCAAGUUUGGUUCCAAGACGGGGUCGCCCAGUCAAUCCCACCACGUGGCGUCCAGCGUGUUUGAGGACGGCAACUUUUCUGCCAAGUACAUUCCGCAAGACACAGCAACGUCUCUGAACACCGAGUCGAUCGAGGCUGCUGCGAACAACGAAUUCUCGAACCCGGUCACGAUCGAAGGCGGGUUCCGCGAAUUGCACCCAGUGACCACCCCGGUCAGCAGCACUUUGCAACGUCCAAGACGAGCAAGCAUGCUCUCGAACUUGAUGGCCAAGUCUCAGGAGGACCGUCCGCGGUCGCCAGCACUGAGCACAGAGGCUCCGGACCCACAGACUGUGGAAAUUGUCGAGAGACACCUCAACACGUCUCCUCCCACGCUGGAUGCAGCAUCUCCAGCAGGAACGCACUACGAGUCGCUCAAGCGCCAGGGCGGAGACAUCACCAGGGACAUAUACAACUGGGUGAGCGGACACAAGAGUUUUGGGUCGCCAUUGAGACGUGUGGCCAGCUCGGGCUCGUUGCAGUCGUCGACCAUGUCGUCGGAGAUGCGGAUGCCAGGCGGGUUCCGUCGAGAUUUCAUUGUUCACGGGAACUCCGAGGCAGAGGCAGACAGAGCGUCGGACGUGGAGCUGGGGUCCGUGCGCAGCAGACAGGCCAGACCGAAUUUCCUUGCGCAGAACUUCAUUGAGUUUCUGUCGUUGUACGGGCAUUUCGCCGGUGAAAACCUCGAGGAAGAGGAAACAGGAGACGAGUAUGAUCUGGACCAGGCUGAUGCGAGCGAUGUGAGCGAGGCCAGCGAUCUGGAGGAGGACGAGGUGCUGGACGACACAGAGAUGCUUGCGUCUACGGUGAUUCCGGCUAAGAAACACCAUCCAGGCCGUCGUGCUCGCUCGUCCAACAUCUCGAUCGGCGACCAGAAACGCAACCGUACAACCGCGCGUCGUAAGCCGGCGUUUAAGCCCCGCACGCGGCGCGACUACUCCGACAAGAAGACCACAAACCAGAAAGCGUUCUUGCUGCUGCUUAAAGCCUUUGUUGGGACAGGAGUGGUGUUUCUCCCGAAAUCUUUUUCGAACGGCGGUCUGUUGUUCUGCAACCUAAUGAUCGUGGCGUUCUCGGUGAUCUCAUACUAUUGUUUCCUGAUCCUAAUCAGAUGCACCGAGCGUGUCCGUGUUUCUGGUUACGGAGACGUUGGUUUGAAGGUGGUUGGCCGCAACCUGCAGCUGCUGAUUCUGGGAUCGCUUGCGCUGUCGCAGCUGGGAUUCUCGAGCAGCUAUGUGGUUUUCGUCGCAGAGAACUUCAAAGUGGUGGCCAACUCUGUGCUGGCUACGGACCACGGCGUGGGUUUCUUUGUGGCUAUUCAACUACUCAUUUUUCUACCGCUGUCCUUGACAAGAAACAUCAGCAAGCUCAGUUUCACGGCGCUGAUCGCCGACGCGUUCAUUUUGCUCGGACUCGUCUACAUCUACUUCUGUUCCACCGCCCAUUUGGUGCUCAACGGCGUAUCUCCCAAAGUAUCCAUGUUCAAGAGUGACACAUGGUCUCUGUUCAUGGGCACUGCCGUGUUCGCGUACGAGGGAAUCGGGCUCAUCAUCCCGAUCCGCGAGUCCAUGGCCCACCCGGACCAGUUUGAGCGACUACUGGUGCUGGUGAUGGCCGUGGUGACGGUGAUCUUUGUCACCCUGUCCACGAUCUCGUACCUGAGCUUUGGCGACGACGUCAAGACAGUGAUCCUGCUCAACUUCCCGCAAACCACGCUCGCGCUCGUCGUCCAGGUGUGCUACGCGAUCGCCAUCCUGCUGUCCACGCCGCUGCAGCUGUUCCCGGCCAUCAAAAUCUUUGAAAACUACCUCUUCCACAAGGAAAGAGCCACUUGGAAAAGAAAGAUCAGAAAGGACUCCGAGCAGAAAAUGCGCACCGAGUCGCAGCCGCUGCUGCUCGGCGUGCCGUCGUACGACUCCACCUCGCGCGACCUGCGCCAACUUAUCCAGAGCAUGCCCGAGGACGCCGUGGACGACAACGGAGUCAUGUCCGGCAAACGGGACUUCACCAUCAAGUGGCUCAAGAACUUUGCUCGGGUCUGCGUCGUGUUCCUCAUGUGCACGAUCGGGUACCUUGGUUCGAGCGACCUGGACCGGUUUGUGUCCAUUAUCGGCAGUUUCACCUGCAUCCCGCUGAUCUACGUGUACCCGCCGGUCCUGUACCUGAAGAGCUUCGACGAGCUCUCGCGGCCAGCACGACUUGCCAACCUCGUCAUCUGCGUGAUCGGCGUGGGAAUGAUGGCCUACACAAGCUAUCAGACGCUCUCUACGUGGGGUGAAUAG